CCUCUGAGCCAAUCAGAAAACUAAUUCUUCCAAAGAGAGAUUGUUAUUAUUCCUCAGGAAGACCAGACAGCUUCUGCUUUCUUUUUCCUUUCUUCCAGAUGGAGAUUCAACCAUAAUAGAAAGAAUGGAGAACUAUUAACCGCCUUUCUUCAGUGGGCUGUGAUUUUCAGAGGGGAAUACUAAGAACACAGGUGAAAAUGGCAAGUUCCCUGGCCUUUCUUCUGCUCAACUUUCGUGUUUGCCUCCUCUUGGUCCAGCUGCUUACUCCUUGCUCAGCUCAGUUUGCUGUGCUUGGACCCCAUGGGCCCAUCCUGGCCAUGGUAGGUGAAGACGUUGAUCUGCCCUGUCACCUGUUCCCGACCAUGAGUGCAGAGACUAUGGAGCUGAGGUGGGUGAGUUCCAGCCUAAGGCAGGUGGUGAACGUGUAUGCAGAUGGAAAGGAAGUGGAAGACAGGCAGAGUGCACCGUAUCGUGGGAGAACUUCGAUUCUACGGGAUGACAUCACUGCAGGGAAGGCUGCUCUCCGAAUACACAACGUCACAGCCUCUGACAGUGGAAAGUACUUGUGUUAUUUCCAAGAUGGUGAUUUCUAUGAAAAAGCCCUGGUGGAGCUGAAGGUUGCAGGUGGAUACCAAGACCUGGUGUCAGGUUCCAGAUACCGAGGACAACUUUUUUCUUUCUCAGUGCAAUCCCUUGCCUCAUGGCUUCUGGUUGGGUUUGGUUUAAGGGGAGCUAUAGAAGACAAUGGUAGGAAGAAGAGAAAAGGGAGAGAGGUCUGGGUGCUUAUUCCCUGGCUUCCUGACUGCAAGAUACCCUCAGGAUGGCUGCAUUGCCUUGCUGAAGGUCACAGGUCAACUCAAGAAAGUCCUCAAUGCAUCAAUCUCUUCUUUUAUGUCUACGGAACACAUCCCUCUUCUCCUCCCUCUGCAUUGGGUUCUGAUCUUCACAUUGAAGUGAAAGGUUAUGAGGAUGGAGGGAUCCAUCUGGAGUGCAGGUCCACUGGCUGGUACCCACAACCCCAAAUACAGUGGAGCAACGACAAGGGAGAGGACAUCCCGGCUGUGAAAGCAACUGUGAUUGCAGAUGGAGUGGGCCUGUAUGCAAUAGCAGCAUCUGUGAUCAUGAGAGGCAGCUCUGGGAAGGGUGUAUCCUGCAUCAUCAGAAAUUCCCUCCUUGGCCUGGAAAAGACAGCCAGCAUUUCCAUCACAGACCCCUUCUUCAGGAACGCCCAGCCCUGGAUCACAGCCCUGGCAGGGACCCUGCCUAUCUCACUGCUGCUUCUCGCAGGAGCCAGUUACUUCUUGUGGAGACAACAGAAGGAAAAAAUUGCCUUGUCCAGGGAGACAGAAAGAGAGCGAGAGAUGAAAGAAAUGGAAUAUGCUGCAACAAAGCAGGAAAUAAGCCUAAGAGAGAAGCUCCAGGAGGAACUCAAGUGGAGAAAAAUCCAGUACGUGGCUCGGGGAGAGAAGUCUUUGGCCUAUCAUGAAUGGAAAAUGGCCCUCUUCAAGCCUGCGGAUGUGAUUCUGGAUCCAGACACGGCAAAUGCCAUCCUCCUUGUUUCUGAGGACCAGAGGAGUGUGCAGCGUGCCGAAGAGCCGCGGGAUCUGCCAGACAACCCUGAGAGAUUUGAAUGGCGUUACUGUGUGCUUGGCCGUGAAAACUUCACAUCAGGGAGACAUUUCUGGGAAGUGGAAGUGGGGGACAGAAAAGAAUGGCAUAUUGGGGUGUGUAGUAAAAACGUGGAGAGGAAAAAAGGUUGGGUCAAAAUGACACCAGAGAAUGGAUACUGGACCAUGGGGCUGACUGAUGGGAAUAAGUAUCGGGCUCUCACUGAUCCCAGAACAAACCUGAAACUUCCUGAGCCCCCUAGGAAAGUGGGAAUCUUCCUGGAUUAUGAGACUGGAGAGAUCUCAUUCUACAAUGCCACGGAUGGAUCUCAUAUCUACACCUUUCCGCACACCUCUUUCUCUGAGCCUCUGUAUCCUGUAUUCAGAAUUUUGACCUUGGAGCCCACUGCCCUGACCAUUUGCCCAAUACCAAAACAAGUAGAGAGUUCCCCCAAUCCUGACCUAGUGCCUGAUCAUUCCCUGGAGACACCAGUGGCCCCGGAUUUAGCUAAUGAAAGUGGGGAGCCUCAGGCUGAAGCAACAUCUCUGCUUCUCCCUGCCCACCCUGGAGUUGAUGGCCUCCCCCUCCACAACAACCAAUCAGAACCAUAAAGCUACAGGCACGCACUGAAGCACUUUACUGAUAUUCAUUCAAUUAUUCCAUAUGACAGUUGUUUGAGUUUGGUACCACCUAUUGUUCCUUUAUACAAAUAAGGAAACUGGGGUGCAGAAAGGUGAAUUAACUUUACAAAGCAGACAUGACUAGUGAACAACAGAGCUGGGAUUUAAAUAGCAAUAGCUAAUAUUAACAGAUAAUUUAAACUGUUCUGAGUGCUGUGUUGUACGCUUUGGUGGAUGUCACUCCUUUGAACGUCACAACACCCCAUGGGGUGGUCUCAUUUUGCAAGUAUGAAAGCUGAGGCAGGGCAACGUUAAGUAACUUACAUAACUCCUACGGUAAUUUGUGUAGUUAGGAGAUGUUCAGCCUCAGUCCCUGGCUAAUUGCCCAUUCUUUUCCAGCCCGAUUUUUUUCCCUGGGAAGAGCCCCCAUGUAGCCCUGAGGUUUUCUUCCCAGAACAGCUUCAGGGUAGAGAUAAUUGUAAGUGGUUGUGGAGUUGACACCCCUAUUGACUCCUUCCCAGCUGAUUAUCAGAGCCUUAGACACAACACUCCUUAGAUUAGCUCUGCAGAGUGUCUUGGUUGAGAGAAUAACCUCAUAGUACCCACAUGACAUGUGACUUGGAAAGAGACUAGAGGCCACACUUGAUAAAUCACGUGAAAGAGAUGUGUGCCCACCCAACAAAUGUGAUAAGUGAUCGCGCAGCCAGUGCCAGCCUUCCUACGGUCAAGGUUUCCAGGCAGAACAAAUACCCUAAAGACUCUCUGUGAUAUAGGAAAUUUGGAUGAAGGAAGCUAGAAGAAUUACAGGGAUGGUUUUAAUCCCGCUAUGGACUCAGUCUUCUGGAAAUAGGUCUGUCCACCCCUGAUCAUUGGUGGAUGUUAAACCCAUAUUCCUUUCAACUGAUGCCUGCUAGGGAAAACUGCUCCUCAUUGUCGUCACUAUUAAUGCUCACCACUGUAUCCCCUCUACUUGGCAAGUGGUUGUCAAGUUCUAGCUGUUUAAUAAAGUGUUAAUAAUGCUUA